UAAUGUUUCGAAGGUAGUUGAACCUUCUUCGGUAUAAAGGCCGAACAUUCCAUACCGAAGGUGUCAACGUCUAAAAGUUCUUAUAAAUGAAGCUUUUUGGCCGAACGGAGUGUGGUUUAUCAGUCCAUUGCAUUUCCAUGAUUAGUUCCAUCCAACAGCCUGUAUCCUUAACACAAUGAUCAAAUCCGCUUUAUUGUCUCUCCUGUUUGGUAUUUCUUCUGUUGCUGGUGAUGUCAUUGCGAGAUCCGGAAAGAAUACGACAUAUAUAUCGAAAUUCGACGACCUCGCGGGGCUCGAUGACUGGGAUGCAGCAUUCAGGACUAUCGAGCAAUACGAUGGACUAGCUUUCUAUCUCUUCGAUCUCGUUAAUGUUCCCCAAAUUGGAACGGGAGUCGUUCCACGGUCGGGCCCAAAUACGGCCGUCUAUUUCCAGGAUCGGCCAUAUGUUCCCGUCAUCUCCACCUCCGAUUCGUUUCCGCCUGCCAAUUCAUUCGAUUUGGAGUCUUUCUAUUUCGGAUGCACUUUUGGGCCAUCCAGGUUAAUCAGAAUCGGCGUGUCGCGUUGCAUUGUGACAGUCACAGGGUCGAGGAAUGGCCAGACUGUCGCUGUUCAAUCAUUCGCGUUCACGCCGAAAUUAACACUUCAGGCAAAUAUGGUACAGGCAAAGCUCAGUGUAGGGUUCAAGAACAUUGACCGAGCGACUUUCAGGACUGAUUAUAAUGCUGCGGUUACGAGAUCCGGGCGAACAUUGGUCGACAAUGUCAGGUAUACAGCACAUGAGAUCUAGUUUAGCGGUUGGGGACUUUCUCUGAACUGCCGUAGAAAACGAAAGUUUGAUGGUCUUUUGUUCGCAACGAAUAUUAUAAGCUCAGUCACAAGGUGCUGUCAUCAUUCCUCCUAUCUACCUCGGAUUAGUGCUUGCUCUAUUAUAGCAUAAGUAUCCGUUAAUGUUAGAACCCAG